AUGGAGCCUCAACUGAAGCGGGAUCCGGUUCACGAUGAUCCACUGAUCCUUCGCUAUCGACGACCGCAGGCUCCGAUAUCCGUGGACUCAAGGAGUACAGGGAGGGAAUCAGGCAUUUUGAAAGCGGGACAUGACCCCCGUUUUAAGAGCAAAGACCGUACAAGGAAAUUUACCGACCAUGUGGAUGUCUGUUUCGAUCAUCUUGGUCGCAUCACCCUCACCGUCCUCAACUAUCUUUCAGCACACAAUCCUCUCUCUGGGACCGGGAGAACACGGUUGAAGUAUACAGUACUGAGAUCCGGUCCAGCAUACCAGGAGAUUGAAACAGCACGAGGAGCAAGCAAGCGAGGCCACUUCACAGGAUGGCGGCUCGGUGCUUUACUCAGUUGCGUUCUCCUCAUAUUCUGUCUUAGUAUAGAAUGUGCACUGUUGAUCGCUGCCAACGCCUUCCAGAAUGAGAUGUAUCAAGAAGGAUACCAGAACGUGCUGUGGGAAGGUAGCUGUACUAUCACCAAGCGCUGGACCACUUUCGCAUCCCUCGUUAUCAACUUCAUCGCGACUUUGACCAUAAGCUCCAGCAAUUACGUUAUGCAAUGCUUAAGCGCCCCUUCAGAAAGAGAGCUCGCAAUUGCUCAUGACAACGGCAGGUCUUUGCAGCUUGGAGUUUCGUCGCCAUCGAAUCUCAGAUGGCUCUCGGGCCAAAAGGUAUUUUUGUGGUGGCUCUUGAGUUUGAGCUCGAUACCCGUUCAUCUUCUCCUCAAUUCCGCACUCUUUUCGUCUCUCCAAGCAAAUAACUACGGAAUCGCCGUGUUGACAUCAGACUACAAUGACACAUCACUCUGGACCAGUUGUUCCCCGAGCAACAGCAAUUACAAUGUGACUCUGAGCGACAGUGGGCCCUGGACUACCCUGGUAUGUUCUAUUAUUGCUGACGUGAGCACAUAUGAACGAUUGGAGAACCACGAGUGUAUCGAGCAGUACACACGGCCACUAUUGACCCAGCGGUCCAAUGUUGUCCUCGUUUCAAAUGUUAGCUCAUCGGAUCGAGAUGUAAUUGAUGACAAUCUUGGUGGCAUCAAUUCGAAGGAUCUCAGCUACCUCAAUUUCACCCAAGAUUAUGAAUGGUUUGCUCAUGACAAAGAGGCUAACCUCGGGGCCCCUGAAAGUUUGCAAAACCUGUCUGCUUUAUUUGGAAUCUAUGAUGCCUUAGACUACAAAAAGUGGCGAUCAUCUUACGCAACUUUCUUGGGACAGAACGAGAGCACAUUUGCUGCGAGCGGGUACGAUCCUUCGAUCUGGAUGUGUGAGCGCAAUUAUUCGCUCUCCUGCACGAAAGAUGCCGCUCUGCAAAACGCGUCGAACUGGCAAGUAACUUUGGCCAACAUACCAAUCGAUCACUGUCUCAGCAGUAAAACUAACGGCGAGGUCUGUCGCCUCGAAUCUAACCGUCUCAUUCUCUGGAUCACAAUCGGUUGCGACGUUGUGAAAAUAGUGGUUAUAUUGUUCGCUCUUUGUGUCAUCAGUGACCCGCCACUCGUCACAAUUGGAGAUAGUAUUGCGAUAUUUCUCAAGAACCCCGAGCAGUGCACCAGAAGACGAUGUUUAGUUGGACAGGAUAAGGGAUUCAUCGAGUCGAACUUCUACUGGCUGAUACCCUUUGAUGUCUGUCGAGGUGUUGGAGAUAAGAAGCUCGUUGAGAUUUGGCCGGAGGUUUUUGGCCCUCAAAGCACCCCAUGGGUGAUAUCAACAAAAAAAUGGGGUAAUGCAGCAUCACUACAGAGGUGGUUUUCAUGCAUCCUACUCAUAGGUCUCCUAUUCACUGUCGGUGGAUGGAUCCUUGCACAGGGAAUAACAAACAUGAUUGAUCUUAGGGGCAGCGUCUGGACUGCCGGGCUCGGCUCAAUCAACCCUAAUGCAGUUUUCCAGUUUACAACAUUCGGUGGUGUCGACCCGGGCUCAAGUAUGAUGUUCAAAGUUCUCGUGGUUAACACCCCGCAACUGGCCUUUAGUUUCCUAUACUUCCUAUACAAUGGCAUGUUCACGUGUAUGCAUGCCGCUGAGGAGUUCGCGGGAUUUGCAACACAGCGCAAAGCCUUGCGCGUGAGCUCCCCGGAACGCGGUCAACGUUCAACAUACUGGCUAAGCCUGCCGUGGUCCUACAGCGUGCCGUUGUUGCUCCUCUCAAGCAUCACACACUGGCUGGUGUCAAGGAGUAUCUAUUUGGUGAACAUCAACGUCAUGGGUCUCGAUGGCAAUUGGCAGCCAGAUCGAGAUAUCAGUGCGUGCGGGUUCAACAAUCUAAUGAUCUUGCUCGUCAUGCUCACGCUAGUGUGCAUGCUGUCGCUUCUGGUGGCCUGUUCGAAUCGGAAAUUGGACUCCAACAUACCUAUGGUUGGAACGUCGAGCAUGAUCAUCAGCGCGGUUUGUCACCACCCGAAUGACCGAGAGACCGAGGCAGUCAAACCACUACUCUGGGGUGUGACUGAGAAGCCUGUUGAUGGCAAGCCGGGACACUGUUCAUUGUCGAGUGGUGAAGUUGAGCACCUUGUGCCGGGAGAGAUCUACAGCUAA